AUGGAAGGAUUAUUGGAUGAUUUUAUGCCAAGGAUUUUUGAUUUGGAUAAUGAUUUGUUGAUGCAGCCGUACACAGUUGAUGACGUGAAAAAGGCGUUAUUUUCGAUGGCUCCGGAUAAAUCUCCAAGGCCGGAUGGGUUUAGCCCGGCUUUCUAUCAGCACUUUUGGAAUGAAAUUGGUCCGGACAUUGCUAAUUUUAUUAUUGGUUGUAUUAUUGGAGGGGAGUUCCCGGUCGGUAUGAAUGAUGCCAUCAUAACACUCAUUCCAAAGAAGACAAUUCCGGUGACUAUGGCAGACCCCCGGCCAAUUGCCCUAUGCAAUGUUACGUGUAAGAUUUUUUCCAAGAUGCUGGCAAACCGGUUGAAAUGGGUCCUUGGGCAUGUUAUCUCGGAUAUGCAAAGUGCGUUUAUUCUUAGCCGUUUAAUUACAGAUAAUGUAUUAGUGGCUUUAGAGGUCAUUCACUAUUUUAAUCGAAAAAGAGAAGGGAGAGAUGGUUGGUGUGCUUUAAAAUUGGACAUGGCUAAAGCGUAUGACAAAAUGGAGUGGCAGUUCUUGAAGGUUAUUGUGAGACGUAUGGGGCUUAAUACUGGUUUUAUUGAGCUUGUUAUGCGGUGUGUUACUACAGUUCGGUUUAAGGUUGGUAUUAAUGGGGACCUGACGAAUUAUGUUAUUCCUUCAUGUGGUUUGCCACAAGGUGACCCUUUGUCGCCUUACCUGUUUAUUUUGUGCGCAGAGGGCGUCUUUCCCAUUUACUAUCGGGAGUUGUUCGGAAAAGGCAGAAAUACUGUGGAGACUAUGAGGUAUAGUGUGGCAGUUGUGUUCAAUGUCCAACAAGCCAGUAACAUUGGUCAGUAUCUUGGACUAUCGAUGGGUGUAGGUCGAAAUAAACGAGAAGUUUUUUCAUUCAUUGAAGCUAAACUUAAGCACCAGCUUGGAGGAUGGUGUAAGAAGAUACUUUCUAGAGCUGGAAAGGAGGUAUUACUCAAGAGUGUUGCUCAAGCACUCCCGACUUAUACUAUGAGUAUUUAUUUUCUCCCUUUAUCUAUGUGUGAGCGGUUGGAACGGUUGAUGAACAAGUUUUGGUUGACUAGUGGUGGAGGAAGUGGGGGAGGUAUUAGGUGGAUGGCUUGGGAUCGGAUGUGUGCUCCGAGGUCUGCUGGAGGCUUGGGUUUUAAAAAUCUUCAUAAGUUCAAUGUGGCAUUAUUGGUGAAACAAGGCUGGCGUUUGCUUACAACUCCUAAUUCAUUGGCCGGAAGGUUGUAUAAAGCACGGUAUUAUCCAAAAUCUGACUUCUUGGAAGUCAGUAUGGGUACAAAUCCGAGUUUCUGCUGGAGGUCCAUAAUGGCGGGACAAGACAUACUAAGGAAAGGUUGUUUUAGGAGAAUUGGAAAUGGUCAUUCUACCGCAAUUUGGAAGCAGUCGUGGCUUCCAGACAAAGCAAACCCUUUUAUCACUUCCCCGCUUAUUGAUCAUGAUGAACACCUUCUGGUGAGUGAGCUAAUACACCCUCUUACAAAUGAUUGGGACAUUACUAAGUUGAAUGCUUUGUUUGAGCAGCGUGACGUUGAGCUUAUUGUCCAGAUUCCUAUAUCUUUAAACUAUGAGGAUAAAUGGUGUUGGAGAGGAGAUCUUCGAGGAUGCUAUUCUGUUAAGCAAGGCUAUCGGAUGCAGUCUGGUAUGCAUGAUUUGGAGGUGGCGUCAAGCGGUGUUUGGCGUAAGUUGUAG